AUCAGUCAUUAUUACAUUAUUACACCUUCAUCAAAAUGGUUUGGUUGGUGAAGAAUUUGGUGCGUGCCGUUCAUCAGUCCGAUGAAAAAAUGGAUAAAAAUCCCAAAAAGGAGGAGAAGAAGAAGAAGAGGGUCAAGUUAGCGCUGUGUUCUUCAGUGGAUGUGAUGGACUCGUCCAGUGCAGCUCCUGAAGACCGUGACAAACCACCCUCAUCUUCCUCAUCUUCCUCUUCUUCCUCAGGCAAACGCAGAUUUAAAGGUCUGCGGUGCUUCUUCUGCAGAAUGCUGUCAUUCUGUGGCGUGUCCUCGUCUUCUGAGCAGGAUAAGACGUCUUCCAUCCAGACUCAGAAGACCAGCGACGACUCGAGUGCAGUCGGCAGAUCUUCUGAGGAGCUUCAAGAAGUUGAUCUGCUGACUGCCGACCAGAAGAAAGAAGCAGUCGGAGCAGUAGUUCCUCCUGGUUCCUCCUCAUCUGCAGACGUCAGAUCCUCAGAACAAACAGCGUCUGAGCUGCAGACUGAGAUUCAGGAGACUGAACCCGUCACAGCAGUAGUUGAAGGGACUAAACCUCCUUCUCUCAGUGUUGAUGGUCCUUCAUCUGCAGACAGAGUCUCUGCUCAAGAGACAAAACCCUUCACAGACGCAGCUCUGACCUUCGAGACUAUUGAUGUUGAGCGUCUUGUAGAAUUGCUGGCCAGUUUCGGAGUCCAGUGGCAUGAUCUGAGCAAGGAUUCACUGAAAGAGCUGCUCAAGUCUUUGGAGGAACAGGAGGAAGCGUCUGAAGAGAAAUCAGCUGAGGAGGAUGAUGCUGAUCAAGCUGUGCUGGGUCUUCCUAAUUUAGGAAACACGUGCUAUAUGAACUCCGUCAUUCAGUGCCUCCUCAGCGUUUCUCCCUUUCGGGAAGAUUUGCUCUCGCAGCAGGAGAAUCACACAGACAGCGCCACGCUGCUCAGCUCUCAUGACAUUCUCGAGUAG